AUGACGGGUCCUGUGAAUCCUGUUCAGGUCGGUGUGUCCCGUGAGGUGACAGAUGUGGAUUCGAAAGGACAAGGGCGGCGUCAACCGGGUCCGCUUCACGCUGCCUCUUUGUGUCCUAUAGGGAUUUUUGCUUACCUAAACCACCAAGUGCCUCGCACCAGGAAGGAGAUAUUUGAGACACUAGUGAAGGGAUUGCAGAGACUUGAGUACAGAGGCUACGAUUCAGCAGGCAUUGCUGUGGAUGGAAAAAGCAAAGAAAGCUCUGACAUCAAUGGCAAAGCAAUUUGUUUGAUCAAGAAGACAGGAAAGGUCAAGGCUUUAGAAGAAGAACUUAACAAGAAAGACAAUCUUGACCUGGAGGAGGAACUGUGUAUGCAUUUCGGCCUGGCUCACACUCGCUGGGCCACACACGGAGAGCCGAGCGCACUGAACAGCCACCCUCAUCGCUCUGACAACAAUAAUGAGUUCGUCGUCAUCCACAAUGGCAUCAUCACCAACUACAAAGAGCUAAGGGCCUAUCUGAUCACCAAGGGAUAUGAAUUUGAGUCCGAAACGGAUACAGAAGUGAUCCCGAAGUUGAUCAAAUACGUUUACGACAACCGGGAGGAUGACAGCAUUCGCUUCUCAACACUGGUGGAGAGGGUCAUUAAGCAGCUGGAAGGAGCUUUUGCUCUGGUGUUCAAAAGUCGCCAUUUCCCAGCAGAGGCUGUGGUUGCCAGAAGAGGAAGUCCGUUGCUUAUUGGCGUGCGAAGUGAAAACGAACUGUCAACCAAACACAUCCCGGUCCAGUACAAGAGUGCUCUCCAAAAGGACGGCAUCCAGGAAAUGAACAAUCAUAACCGUCGUGGUAGCACUAUUAACUCUGUAGGGGAUGGCAGCGCAGUGGAGUUUUACUUUGCAUCUGACGCCAGUGCCAUUAUUGAGCAUACCAACAAAGUGUUGUAUCUAGAGGACGAUGACAUUGCAGUGGUGAAAGGAGGGAAACUUUCCAUCCACAGAAUGAAUCGACAGGCCGGUGAAGAUCCUGUACGGGCCAUCCAAACCCUAAAAAUGGAACUGCAACAGAUAAUGAAAGGAAACUUUGAUUCUUUCAUGCAGAAAGAGAUCUUUGAGCAGCCAGAGUCUGUGGUCAACACAAUGAGAGGCCGCAUUUGUUUUGAUUCCAAAACUGUGGUUCUCGGAGGAUUGAAGGACCAUUUGAAAGAAAUCAAACGCUGCAGACGUCUCAUCGUGAUUGGCUGUGGCACUAGUUUCCAUGCUGGAGUCGCUACCAGACAAGUCCUGGAGGAAUUAACGGAGCUCCCUGUCAUGGUUGAAUUGGCGAGCGACUUCCUGGACCGCAACACACCUGUUUUCAGAGAUGAUGUCUGCUUCUUCAUAAGCCAGUCAGGAGAGACGGCAGACACCUUGAUGGCUUUGCGUUACUGUAAGGAAAGAGGUGCCUUAACAGUGGGCAUAACGAACACUGUGGGAAGCACCAUUUGCAGAGAAACAGACUGUGGAGUCCAUGUCAAUGCUGGACCUGAGAUUGGAGUCGCCAGCACUAAGGCGUACACCAGUCAGUUUGUAGCACUCACAAUGUUUGGCCUUAUGAUGAGUGAGGACAGGCUCUCCCUACAGACUAGAAGACAGGAGAUCAUCAACGGCCUCAAAGAACUACCUGAUCUGAUUAAAAAGGUGUUGGCUCUGGAUGAGAAGAUAAAGCUUAUUGCAGAAGAGCUGUACCAGCAGAGGUCUCUUCUGGUCAUGGGCCGUGGUUUCAAUUAUGCCACAUGCCUCGAGGGGGCACUGAAAAUCAAAGAAAUCACUUACAUGCACUCCGAGGGCAUUCUGGCAGGCGAGUUGAAGCAUGGGCCUUUAGCUCUCAUUGACAAACAUAUGCCAGUCAUCAUGAUCAUCAUGAAGGAUGCCUGCUACACCAAGUGUCAAAACGCCCUACAACAAGUCACUGCUAGAUCGGGCCGGCCCAUCAUCCUCUGUUGUCAGGACGACACUGAUGUGACCAUGAAUGCCUAUCGGACCAUCGAGCUGCCGCGUACUGUCGACUGUCUGCAAGGCAUCCUCAGUGUCAUCCCACUGCAGCUAAUGUCCUUCCAUUUGGCUGUACUGCGAGGAUAUGAUCCUAUUAUCCAGGCAUAUAGCAAGUUCAAUAAGAGAAUUAAGGGAAUCGGUUCCUCUUUGAUUUCUCCUGACAAAGAUGCCAUGCUAGACAUUGCCACAAAUGUGAUUGCUGAAAACUUGGGUCGUAACUGGCGUAGAUUAGGACGACAGCUGGGUAUGAGUGAAAGUAAGCUGGAUUCCAUCUCAACGAGACAUCCGAACGAUUUGGACGAGACUGCCAGAGAGCUGCUCAAGGAAUGGCGCAAGAGUCGUGGAUCCGAAGACUGCGCUAAAGACUUAGUUAGGACUCUCAGGGCAUGCCACCAAAAUCUCACAGCUGAUAAAAUGGAGUAUGCCUGGAUGGUACCUCAAUAG